GUCUAAUCUGAUCCAUUGUGAGCAUAAGGAUGGUGAAAACUGAGGGAGAAUGUGCCUUUGGGUUUGGACUUGUGCCAGUUUGGAGGUUUUAUAAAUAACCGGAUGAUAUGAAGGUCCGGCCAAGGAGUCUGGGACUGGCUGGAGUUUUGCUGCUGAUGUUCGCUGUGGGGCUGCUCGUUACUGUUCCAGAGAUAGUGAAGCAGCAGGUGACAGCGAAAGUUCAGAUUGAUCCUGAUAGUGGUCUGGCCUACACCAUGUGGCGAGAUAUUCCUAUACCAUUGUACAUGUCACUCUAUUUGUUCGAGGUCAAAAAUCCACAGGAGAUUCUGAAUGGCGAGAAACCAGUUCUGGAGGAGCGAGGGCCUUAUGUUUACAGAGAAUACAGAUGGAAAAGCAACAUAACAUUCCACAAUAAUUACACUGUCUCAUACCGUGAAUAUAAGCGCUACCAUUUCUGCCCUGAACGGUCGGCUGGUAGUGAGAGUGAUGAGAUUGUCUUGCCCAACGUGCUUGCCCUGGGUGCAGCCUUAAUGGCUGAAGAUUUGCCCUAUGCUUUGAAACUUAUCUUCAGCACUGCUUUGAAGACCUUUAAUGAGACUCCAUUUAUUAAGAAGUCUGUGAAGGAGAUAAUGUGGGGAUAUGAUGAUCCACUUGUUGACUUUCUUAAUAAAAUAUUUCCAGGCAUUAUCCCAUUUAAAGGAAAGUUUGGUUUGUUCGUUGAAAUGAACAACUCGAAUGCUGGGUUAUUCACGGUUUAUACAGGAGUCAAUAAUAUUGCUAAAGUUCAUCUAGUAGACAACUGGAAUGGUCUUAAAGAGGUGAACUAUUGGCGUUCUGACCAGUGCAACAUGAUAAAUGGAACAGCAGGUGAAAUGUGGCCUCCAUUCAUGACUCCUUCAGACGCAUUAACUUUCUUCAGCCCAGACUCCUGCAGAACAUUGGAACUGGUGUUUCAGAAAUCAGGCAGGACCUUUGGGUUACCUUCUUUCCGAUACAUUGCUCCAAAGACAAUGUUUGCGAAUGGGACAGUAUAUCCCCCCAACGAAGGCUUCUGUCCCUGCAGGCAGUCCGGAGUGCUGAAUGUCAGCACGUGCAGACACAAUGCUCAAGUCUUUAUCUCGUACCCGCACUUCUACAAUGCUGACCCAGUGCUGUGGGAGGCUGUCUCUGGAUUACAUCCCAAUGAGAAGGAUCAUGCACUUUUCAUUGACAUCCAUCCUUUAACUGGAAUCCCUUUGAAUGUCUCCAUCAAAUUACAACUAAAUUUGUUUGUGAAAGCAGUGCAUGGAAUAACGGAAACAGGAAAUAUCCAGCCUGUGCUACUGCCAUUGCUUUGGUUUGAUGAGAUGGGACGUAUCGAUGGUCCACCUUUGCACACUUUCUACAACUUCCUGGUGUUGGUGCCGAAUGUAUUUGAAUAUCUUCAAUACACCCUGAUAGCUGUCGGCUGCCUUUUGGUGCUAAUUGCUGUAGUUGUUAAAAUUGUGCACUGGAAACAGCAGAUUUCUGUCAAAGGGAUUUCCUCUGGGACAGAUAAAGAAAGUCAAGGAGCUUCUGCGAGCCUACUACCGGCUGGUGAAUCUAAUUACACCUUGCUUCAACAACCUUCGUAUCUGCUGGACUGAAUCUUUGAACAUCUGAACAGGAAAUUGAACAGUUUUUGACCACAAGGCCUGUUUCUAAAUGUUCCAUUGAUGUUCCUUCUUGAACCUGCACCGAAUACAUAACUCUUGUUAACUAAAACAUUUCCACAUGCCAACUGACAUAUUUGUAGUGUAGCCAUUGUGACAAGCACAGUAACACGCUGUGUGGAGAAACAUGACAAAACUUAUUGCAGCCUUUGUUUCUUAUUAUAUUCUAUUUAGUUACAAGUUGCAAUAAUGUAAUUUUCAAGUAUUAGCCACAUUGCUUGGUCACAUUCAUCCCUUUGACUUGUAGGUGAUGGGUUUAAGUUCCAUUCGGAACCUUACCACUGCUGCGUAGAACUCAUGGACAUCUGAACACAUUUCCAGCGACCACUGCCUGGUCUGCUGAUGUGGCUCGAUACAAGGGUUGUCGAUCCCACAAUGGUCGCUAACACCUUGCGCGAUUGAAGAAGUUAAUAUAUUUUUGGAGUUCUGUCCUUUGGUUUAAACGUUGAAACAAUCUAUCCAGUCUGGUGGUUGAAGUGGUGACUCUCAGAGUGGGGAUUUUACUGGUGAUGUCUCUAAUAUUCUUUCCUCAUCCAAUCCUACCAAAAAACAAAUCAGUCAUUCAUCUCACUGCGGUUUGUUUUCAAAAAGCAGUUUGGAGUUUUCACUUUAUACAUUAAUGAUCUAGAUGAAGGAACUGAGGGCAUCCUGGCUAAGU